CUAAAAGCUAGGCUCAACUCCCCAGCUGGCUGCGCUCACCUCACCACCUUCGUAAUAACUCAACCACCCCCUUCGUCCUCUGCUCUCUGCUCUCUCUCACUUCUCUUUCAUCGUUGGCAGCCUGCAUUUGUGCUUUUUGUUCUUCGUGUUGCUCCUGUGGGACGUAGCAGCUCUUCUUUGUAGCAGUACGUUUUACGGCCUUCAUCUCUGACCAGUCAUUUAUUCGGGAAAGACUUUGCCCGCACCCCUCUCACGGACCAAGUUGCCAACUCAGCGAGCCGCAUCCACCUGACCGCCAGCGCCCUCCCAGUCUACUUCAAAUCCGUAGCCACGCCCUGUCAUGGCAGGACGCCGUUACGAUGACGUGGUUUACGAAGACCGUCGAGAGAGUUAUGCCUCACGGAAUGGUCGACGAUACUACGACGACCGCUACGUGGAAGAAGAGGUAGACUAUCGCCGCCCCACGCCUGUGCCUGUCCGUGAACGCGAAAGAGAAACCAUUGUGCGAGAAGAGAUCCGUGAGCGGCCAGGGUCUACUCCUGCUUUCCUACAAGAGGGUUAUGGCCGAACCACGGCUGGACCCGUGGUCCUUCGAAAGCGAGAACAAGAAGACUUCGAGUUCGCUGCUCGGCCUCGUCGGCGAUCCCCUUCCCCGCAACCGGAGAGAAAGGUCGAAAAGGAGGAGAUUAUCAUCAGGAGAGACGAGUCCGAGUCAAGACCGCCGCCGCCCCGGAUAAGAGAGCGGGAGCGAGACGUCGAUCGUGAAGAGAUCAUCAUCCGCCGAGACGAGCGGGAGCCCGAGCGCAGACUGCCACCUCCCCAACGUGACCGAGACCGGGAAGAAAUUAUCAUUCGACGAGAUGAGCGAGAACGAGAGGUACGACCCCCGCCGCCCAGGGAAAUGAAUUCUUCCAGAGAGGAAAUCGUCAUUCGCCGUGAUGAGAGAGAGCGCGAGGUGCGGCCACCGCCGCCGAGGGAGAUCAACUCCUCGAGGGAGGAAAUUGUUAUUCGUCGCGACGAGAGUGACCGACGAUCCCGCUAUGACGACUAUGACGAUGUAGUCUCCCGUCGAGGGGAUUUCGACCGCAAGUCAGUCCGAGGCGACGUCGACCGGCAAGAGAUCAUCAUCCGCCGCGACGAACAGAAUCUCGACGCCCGCCGAUACGAAGACUAUGCGUUGACCCGUCCCAAAUCUCAUGAACGAGCGAGAUCGAGAGUACGGCGCUCCAGUAGUGCUUCGAACGAUGAAAUCAUCAUCCGGCAACAGGAGCGAGAAGGCCGCAGUGGCACGCGCAACCAACAGGAAAUUAUCAUUCGCAAGAGCUCUCGGUCUCGGUCUCCUGCUACGUCGGUGACCUCGGCUCGCACUGCCCUUGCGCCUCUGCCUCCGCUAGAGCCUCCGAUCAUCAAUGCUCCUACCAUCCAUCAGGAGGUCAUAACGCAUCAUCGCCAUAUCGACCAUGGCUUUGAAGUUGCCAUUCCAACCCGACCACGAGUGAUCUCACGACCGCCAUCGCCGCCAAGCCCGCCCCUGCCUCCUCCACCACCACCUGUACGAGCUCGAUCAGAGGAGCGGAUUGAGAUUAGCAGGACCCAAACUCGGAAUGGUCGUACGGAGAACGAGGAUAUUGUGAUCGAUCGCAGGGACGGCCCAGCCAGCCCGAAAAGCGUGGCGCCGUAUACGCCUCCACCGGCACGUGAUCCCUAUUACGAUCCCCCGGCUCGUCGUGAGGUGUACCGGGGUUAUGAACGGGACGUGCAGGAAGAAGCAGAGUACUACAACGCUCGUGCCAUGGAUCGGGCUUAUAUCGGCGAAGCUUACCAAGGAGCCACCCGGGACUGGGAAAUUGUCGAUGUUCCUCCGGGUACUCGUCGUGUGAAAAUGGACGGCGCUGGCGGGGCAAGUCAGGAGAUUACCUGGCAAAGGUAUAAUGGCGUGCGAAGAAGCAAGUUCAUGCCUGACGGAGUGGAUGAACGUUACGACAGUGCGGUUGCGAGACCCCUUCCAGCGCCAGCACCUCCGCUGCCUGCGCCGCUACCUGCACCAAUUCCAGUUCAUCCCCCAGCUCCGCUGCCAUCAGCCAAUGGCGAGAUUGGUCGUCGUUAUGGAAAGGAGCGGGACCCCAAGGAUGGCUUAUGGACCGAGGUGACCAAGGAUCUCGUUGUCAAGGAAGCUAUUCAAGAGAUGGGAUAUGAGUAUGAGGAGACCGAUGACUUCUACUAUAUCAUCGCGUACCUGCGUUACGAAGAUAUUGCUCGUCUCGUUGGUCUGUCGGAUGAUAUUCGCAAAGAGCGCCGUAAGCGGAUCAAGGAGAUUGAAUGGGAAAACCGAGUCCUCCCUCCUGUCGAAGAACCGCUGCCACGCCCGCUGGCCAUCGAACCUCCCCCGCCUCGGCACCGGCCGGAUUGGGAUCGAGAAGAAGAGCGAUUCAUUGAGCGGGAAGUGGUCUACCGAGGGGGUCGGCCACCUCCACCGCCGGGAUGGAGGCGUUGAAUUUGAGCAGCCAGCAAUCUAGACUUGGAUGAGAAAUGAUGUCCGAGAUGCCUCUCGCAACGAAUCGAAUGGAUACGAAUUUCCUUGGUUUGUGGUGGUUAGCGUUUUAGCAAGCGUGAGUUUCCUUGACAGCUAAAGAAAGAAAAUAUAAGAGGAAUGCUUCAUACCGGUAUCAUGACUCUCCGAUCUCAGACUGGGUUGAAGCGGGACGAUCGUGCUUGUGGCCAGGUGGACGUUCUGGAAUAUGGUGCCUGUUUUCUUUUUCACCUGGUACGAUGGUCAAGAUAUGAUAACGGCCCCUCGAAGAAAGUUGUGAUGGUCUGACGAUGAACGCUUGUCGUGAGGAGCACACCGAGCCUCCAUGUCGCGGAGUGUGCCCCUCCGCACAGCGUGCUGUGUUGGUCUGCGCGAUGUGAUAUGAUGAUACAUGACGAUAAUGUCCGUGACGGGAUGGUUGACGGCCUCUGUUACCCAAGUAGUUGUUGGUAUAUCACCUGCGUGACUUUACAAUCUUUGACGAGUGCCGGCUUUCAUCCAGCCUUGCCAGGUUGCUA